UGGAAAUUACUGGUAAUCAGAAAUAUUCAUCCUCUAUCGAGCAUUCCCCUCCUCGUGCGCUGCAGCACUCUGCUGUCACGCGGGCGGGCUUGCAGGUGUCAGGAGUGCGAGGUGGUGGGGCCAGAAGGAGGCCGUGGCACCGCUCAGCUACCAGAUGUGACCUCGGCAAAGGCGAGAAGGGCGAGAGGAGUCUGUUGUUGAAUAACCCUAUACCUUCCAACUUGAAGUCAGAAGCUAAAAAGGCAGCUAAAAUAUUACGAGAAUUCACAGAAAUAACUUCCAGAAAUGGACCUGAUAAAAUCAUACCUCCCCAUGUAAUAGCUAAAGCCAAAGGCCUUGCAGUUUUGUCUGUUAUCAAAGCUGGAUUUUUGGUGACCGCUCGAGGCGGAAGUGGAAUUGUAUUAGCUCGUCUUCCUAAUGGAACCUGGUCUGCUCCUUCUGCAAUAGGAAUUGCUGGCCUUGGUGGUGGAUUUGAAAUUGGAAUUGAGGUUUCGGACUUAGUGAUAAUAUUGAAUCAUGAAAGAGCAGUAGAAGCUUUUGCCAAAGGAGGGAAUCUUACACUUGGAGGAAAUCUUACUGUGGCAAUUGGACCUCUGGGGAGAAACUUAGAAGGGGAUGUUGCCCUGAGAAGCUCUGCUGCUGUCUAUACAUACUGCAAAUCUCGAGGACUGUUUGCAGGUGUAUCUCUGGAAGGAACCUGUUUAAUUGAAAGGAAAGAAACAAAUCGCAAGUUUUAUGGGCAGGAUAUUCGGGCUAGUGCCAUCUUGCUUGGUGAUGUGCCUUUUCCUGCUCAAGCAGAAGAUCUUUAUGAAACUCUAGCAUCCUUCACUGAAGUAUAUGAAAAUGAAGAGCAAAAAAAUAAUCCAGGAAAAGCUGUAAAUGACCCACCUGCUAGACCAUCAUCGAGACCAGAGCCACCUAAACCCACUAUUAGGCCAACACCACCAGCUAAAAAGAAUACAAACAAACUUUACCCUGAACUUCCAAAUGAUUAUGCCUCUGUGGGUAACUCUUGGAGCAAUCCAGUAGAAGUGACAGCCCUUUAUUCAUUCGAAGGACAACAGCCGGGUGAUUUGACUUUCAAAGCUGGAGACAAAAUCACAGUCACAACCAAAACAGAUUCCCAGUUUGAUUGGUGGGAAGGAAGAAUAGGAGGACAAACUGGCAUCUUUCCAGCCAAUUAUGUUGCCAUAAGUAACAACUAA